GCAACCAUAAUAGCUCAUUUCCUUGCUCAACUGUCAGUUCUCCAUUCCAUCUUUCUUCGCUGCUUAUAUAAUCAUCUUGCUCCUCCAACAACUCAUUUUGUCAUCUUCUUGAAACCGCGUCACCCCCCUUCCCCCCGAUUCCCCCUCCUCACUCCUAUUUUCUCUCUCUCUCUCUCUCUCUCUCCCUACCCUAUUGGACAGUUUCGGAGGGAGACAUCGAUCGGAGCGGAUUGAGAAUGGGAGAGGAAGGAGAAGGAGGACCCAAGAUCGACCAAGCCAGAGAAGGGAAAUCAUCCGCGGUCAAGAAAGGAGAUGUUCAGAAGGUGCCGUUUUACAAGCUUUUCGCCUUCGCCGACCGCCUCGACGUAGCGUUGAUGGUCGUCGGAACCGCCUGCGGCGCCGCGAACGGGUUGGCGCAGCCUCUCAUGACCGUCAUUUUCGGCCAGCUCAUCAACUCCUUCGGCGCCUCCGAUCGCUCACAUGUUGUUCAUGAAGUUUCCAAGGUUGCCAUAAAGUUUUUAUACUUGGCUGUUGGCGCCGGCAUAGCUUCUUUGUUGCAGGUCGCAUGUUGGAUGGUUACAGGGGAGAGGCAGGCAGCUCGCAUUCGAGGUUUGUAUUUGAAAACAAUAUUAAGACAGGACAUUACAUUCUUUGACACUGAAACAACGACUGGAGAGGUCAUUGGGAGAAUGUCAGGGGACACUAUUCUUAUUCAAGAUGCCAUGGGUGAAAAGGUUGGGAAGUUCAUACAGCUCAUGUCAACAUUUUUUGGGGGUUUUAUUAUUGCCUUCACAAAAGGAUGGCUGCUUGCACUUGUUCUACUUUCUUGCAUUCCUGCUCUUGUCAUUGCUGGUGGAUGCAUGUCAAUGAUUAUGUCAAAAAUGUCGAGUCGCGGACAAGUUGCGUAUGCAGAAGCUGGAACUGUUGUAGAGCAAACGGUUGGAGCCAUUAGAACGGUUGCAGCCUUCACAGGGGAGAAGCAAGCAAUAAAAAGCUAUUAUGACAAGUUGGUAAUAGCAUAUGCCUCCACAGUCCAACAGGGGCUUACCUCAGGCAUGGGACUUGGUGUGGUUCUGUUAAUUAUCUUCAGCACUUAUGGACUUGCCAUAUGGUACGGUUCUCAAUUGAUCAUAGAGAAAGGAUACAAUGGUGGGCAAGUCAUUAACGUCAUCAUGGCAAUCAUGACUGGUGGCAUGUCACUGGGCCAAACAUCCCCAAGUUUGAAUGCAUUUGCUGCUGGACAAGCUGCAGCAUUUAAAAUGUUCGAGACAAUCAAAAGAAAGCCACAAAUUGAUGCCUAUGAAACUAGUGGACUAGUAUUAGAGGACAUCAAGGGUGAUAUUGAACUCAAAGAUGUGCACUUCAAAUAUCCAGCGAGGCCAGAUGUGCAGAUAUUUUCAGGAUUCUCAUUGCAAGUCCCAAGUGGGUCAACUGCAGCCUUGGUUGGGCAGAGUGGAAGUGGGAAGUCUACAGUUAUCAGCCUGUUGGAGAGAUUCUAUGAUCCAGAUGCAGGUGAAGUACUUAUAGAUGGUGUUAAUUUGAAGAAGUUGCAACUCAGAUGGAUAAGGCAAAAGAUUGGGCUAGUUAGUCAGGAACCUAUUCUGUUCGCUACUACCAUAAAGGAGAAUAUCCUAUAUGGGAAGGAAAAUGCAACUGAUGAGGAGAUAAGGACGGCAAUUGAGCUUGCUAAUGCUGCACGAUUCAUUGACAAGUUGCCAAAGGGGCUUGACACACAAGUAGGUGAGCAUGGAACUCAAUUGUCUGGUGGACAAAAGCAAAGAGUCGCAAUUGCAAGGGCCAUUUUGAAGGACCCAAGAAUUCUUCUUCUUGAUGAAGCAACAAGUGCACUGGAUGCAGAAUCAGAGCGCAUUGUGCAGGAUGCACUGGUGAAAAUCAUGUCAAAUCGCACUACUGUUGUUGUUGCCCAUCGUUUAACAACAAUCAGGAAUGCAGACAUUAUAGCAGUGGUGCAAAGUGGAAAGAUUGUGGAGCAAGGAAAUCAUACGGAGUUGAUCAACGAUCACGAAGGGGCCUAUUCACAGCUAAUUCGUCUGCAGGAAGGAUCUAAGCAAAGUGAAGAUGGCCAAACAAUGGACCCAGAUAGAAUAAGUAGUGCAAGUUUUGAUAUGGAGAAGAGCAUGGGCAGGUCUGGGAGCCAGAGACUAUCUAUGAGGAGAUCCAUAAGCCGAGGUUCAUCUAGUAGCCGGCGCUCCUUCACAGUCAGCUAUGGUUUUCCCAGCUCAGUUGGUAUCUAUGAGGCUGAAGUAGAUGGGAAUGAGACCACAGAAAGAGGUGAAAAGGGCAAUGAGAAGCGUCCUAAGGUUUCCAUGAGGCGGCUAGCCUACCUGAACAAGCCUGAACUCCCAGUUUUGCUGCUUGGAUCUGUUGCAGCCGCCAUUCAUGGUGUAAUCUUCCCCAUUUUUGGACUCCUACUUUCCACGGCCAUCAAAAUUUUCUAUGAACCUCCACACGAGUUACGAAAAGAUUCCAGGUUUUGGGCACUUAUUUAUGUCGGUUUGGGCAUUGUUACUCUAGCCGCUAUUCCAGUGCAGAACUACUUUUUUGGAGUUGCAGGUGGUAAAUUGAUACAAAGGAUCCGUUCCUUGUCAUUUGAGAAGGUUGUGCAUCAAGAGAUUGGCUGGUUUGAUGACCCUGCAAAUUCAAGUGGUGCAGUUGGUGCACGGUUAUCUACUGAUGCUUCAUCAGUGCGAAGUCUUGUGGGUGAUGCUCUGGCACUAGUUGUGCAAAACAUAGCAACGGUAAUUGCGGGGCUUACCAUUGCAUUCACAGCAAACUGGAUAUUGGCUUUCAUAAUUCUGGCUGUCUUGCCCUUGGUGGGUUUGCAAGGAUACCUUCAGAUGAAAUUUUUCAAGGGGUUCAGCGCAGAUGCCAAGGUGAUGUAUGAAGAAGCGAGUCAAGUUGCAAAUGAUGCUGUUGGUAGCAUUAGAACUGUUGCAUCAUUCUGCUCCGAAAGUAAGGUGAUGGAUUUAUACCAGAAAAAAUGUGAGGCACCCAUGAAAAACGGUGUCCGGCUUGGUCUUAUAAGUGGAGCUGGUUUCGGCUUCUCUUUCUUUGCACUCUACUGCACAAAUGCCUUCUGUUUCUACAUAGGAUCUAUUCUUGUGGAGCAUGGGAAAGCUUCAUAUGGAGAAGUGUUCAAGGUCUUCUUUGCUUUGACAAUAUCUGCAAUGGGGAUUUCCCAAACUGGUGCACUGGCUCCAGAUACCAACAAAGCCAAGGAUUCAGCUGCUUCUAUAUUUGAACUCCUUGACAGCAAGCCGAAGAUUGAUUCAAGCAGCAAUGAGGGCACAAUACUCACAACCAUAAAGGGCGACAUUGAGUUGCAAAAUGUCCACUUCAAAUAUGCAAGCCGACCUGACGUUCAAAUUUUCAGAGACUUGUGUUUAAGCAUCCCCUCUGGAAAGACAGUAGCUCUCGUCGGGGAAAGUGGGAGUGGGAAGUCAACGGUAAUCAGCUUAAUAGAGAGGUUCUACGAUCCCGACUCCGGACGCGUACUGCUGGACGGAGUCGACAUCCGAAGCUUCAAAAUAAGCUGGCUGAGACAACAGAUGGGUUUGGUGAGCCAAGAGCCCGUCCUCUUCAACGACACCAUCCGCGCCAACAUAGCCUACAGCAAGCAGGGCAGCGCGACCGAAGACGAGAUCAUCUCCGCCACGAAGGCGGCCAACGCCCACAACUUCAUCUCCAGCUUGCCUCAGGGCUACGACACCUCCGUCGGCGAACGAGGGGUGCAGCUCUCCGGCGGCCAGAAGCAGCGGAUCGCCAUCGCCAGGGCCAUUCUCAAGGACCCAAAAGUCCUGCUGCUCGACGAAGCCACCAGCGCUCUGGAUGCAGAGUCGGAACGCGUGGUGCAGGACGCUCUGGACAGAGUCAUGGUGAAUAGAACCACGGUGGUGGUUGCCCACCGGCUUUCCACCAUUAAAGGGGCUGAUGUCAUUGCGGUGGUGAAGAAUGGUGUGGUUGCGGAGAAGGGGAGACAUGAGGCGCUGUUGAAGAUUACUGAUGGUGCUUAUGCUUCUCUGGUAGCACUUCACGCGACUUCUAAUAAGUGAGGAAGGGGGUUGAGAAAUUUUGGGCGCAAGAAAGCUCUGCUCUAGUCUCUAGGAUUCUACGUAAUUCUCAACUUUAUGAAUUUCUCCAGCCGCAGCCAGUCAACAUGACGUUUGAUUUGCAGGGAAGACUCCAUGCCUUUUGCACAACAAUAGCAGAGGGAGGGAUCCAUCGAUGAUUGAUCUAACCGUUACAAGACAAGCUCAACAUCUUUAAUUUUUUUCCUUCUAAGUGCAAUGUUAUAUAAUCUUUUUCUUUUUUUUCGAAGAUAAUAUGGCUAUUUUGCAAAUUUUUUUUAUAUAUAUAUAUAUAUAUAUAUAUAUAUACAUAUUUAUAUAUACACAUGUAUUAAUGGUUAGCUGCAAUCCAGCAAAUGCAUGUGAAUAUAUCACAAGUUAUAGAAAUUUAUUUGGAAGUUGUAACUAGAGUUGUGGGAUUGGGAAACUUUUAUCUUGUUUAAAUUUCACAUUUAUUGGCAAAUGGAACCACCAAAAUUGUUUCACUUGUUUUCU